AUGCGCAUACUUCCUGUCCUGCAGGAAGUCAAGCGUCGCAGGACGAUACAUGCCAAGAUGAUGAUCCAUGCUGAGGACUGGGAUGCAGGCACGCAUAAUUGUACAGAUACCUUGGUGGCUGCUGGAGAAAGACUGCACGAGGCCUACCUGCGCAAGCGGAACACCUAUGAGGCGGAGAAGGAGGAGUUGGCUUUAAUCGAUGCCAAUUUGUCCUCGGCAGUGCACGAGCUUCGUUUAUUGCAGAUUCUAGCAGUGAAUUGCUCAGAGAGCUACGACUUUGCCGAGGAAGGAAUGGAGGCCUCCUUGGCGGCCGUCGCUCCCGAGGUUCUGCAGAAGGCGCCCAGCGGCCGACAGGGUUUCGAGCUCAAAGCCGAGGAGCACUUGCGUAAGUUUGCUCGAGAGCUUCAUGGACGGGCCCAGAGCAUUCUGGAUGACCAACGAGUGGCUUUGGAGCACGCAAAGUCGGCCAUGAAGAAUGCAAGCAAGGCAGAGCAGCAGGUUGAUGGUAUCAAGAAGACUUACGAGGAUCAGAAGGACAAAUUGAACAUCCUUCGUGAAGCCAUGAUUGAAGCAGAAGAGGAGGCCUUGUGUUUCGACGGACUUCUGGAGCAGGCCACCGAGCUCAUUGUUCGGGCUGAUUUGUACCGAGCCCGACAGCCCAGUGACCUUGCUGCUGCGGGCUAUGCGGUAUCAUGGAAGUUCCAGGUGUGGAGCUUCCUGCACUAUCUCACUGCAACCUUUGAACUUUUGGUCAUGAUGUUGAUUGCUCUAGAUCUAGCUCACGCUCACUAUUGGAAGCAAGCCUUGGAGGUGAUCGAAUUCCUGCAAGGCGAGUGGACCAAUGCCGAGGACUCGAGUGAGAACUACUUCGUCAUGGGCACUUCGGUGAGCUGGUAUCGCCCGAAGAGUUGGGAAGAUGGCAAUGAGCACAAAGAGCCCUUGAAGCUGGUUCCGAAAUCCAAGAGACGCCCAAAGCCGCCCGAGAACGAGCCCAAAGCUGAAGGUGCCUCGGACCCCGCGGAAGGAACGCCCGCGAUAGAGGCUGAGGCAAGUUGGUUCGACAACGGGCUCCAGAUGGCUCAGGGCGUGCAGGGCCGGGGCCUGAGCUUCCAGACAGUCAGCACAUUAGACGAUCGAUCGAAGAAUUCGAAUCAUGCUAAGACGGAACCAGAAGUGCCCGGCAAAGCCAAAGAACAGGUGGAGGUGGAGCUGGCGGAGGUUGCGGAGGUGGUGGAGAUCAUGUGUGGGGAAAGCAAGGUAAUCGUGGAUCGCGUGGUCCCGGUGAGUUUCGGCCACGCGGUUUCAGGAUGGGAGAAGGAACAACUUUGCCGAUCGGCCAAAGUGCUUGGACAUGGCGAGCAUUGGUGCCCAGAUGAAGAUGGCGUCAAGGGCUCAGACUCCGGUGAGGAAGAGCUUGUCGAUGGCAAGACGGAUCACAAGAUCAAAGGAAUUGGAGACUUCAUGGACGAUCUCAUGGAAGGCUUUGCAGAGCUCUAUCGAGCUCCUUGGCUGAACUCCUUAGGACGCGAGCAGAGCGCAGCACAAUUGAGGAUCUACAGGCUGGCGGAUCCUAAGAUCGAGGCUCAACGAUGUGGAGAAGUCGGGACUGGGCUCAGAAGCAUUUUUGCCAUCACUCAGGUUCCAGAGAUCAGCCUGAAAAGCUUCUACAAGGCAGAGGCAGACAGCAACCUUGAGGGCAGAUUGCCGGUGAGAGUUACGUCGCUGCUCUGUCGCCUGCAAAUCCAAAUCGUCGGCCACCUGGUUUUGGCAUGUUCCGAACUUCGGAACGCUUGUGAAGAGGUUGGCUUUUUUGUUCUGACCGACCAUGGGAUUUGUGAUGCUCUGAUGGAGAGCUUGCGCAAAGAGUGCACGGCCUUCUUCAAGCGACCGCCGCAAUCCAACGUGCUGGGGAUGGUUAGCAGCACUGAUAGCCGCUUUCUGUGGCUGGACCAUGUGCCAUGUGAUGAUGGACCUGCCUGGUCCCUUGGCCCGGUGCAUGGACGGGGCAGCAUGCCUUGGCAACUGGAUCAAGAGGAAUUUGCGACGGUGUGGACUGCCUACUAUGCCGAGGUCGAAAAACUCGUUGCCCGCUUGAUGAGCCUCUUUGCAGUGGCGAUGCAUUUGCCAGCGACAACGUUUGACAGCGCAUUGAAGAAUCAUCGGUCUUCCAUGCGAGCUAUUCUGUACCCUGAGCUGGCUGAGGCCGACUUCGAGCAAACAAGCGAAGUGAUCCGUUCGCCGGAGCAUACUGAUUGGGGUUGUGUCACUGUCUUGCUCGCAGAUCCGGAAGUCUCAGGACUUGAAAUUUGCGACAAGGAUGGUGGCUGGACAUCAAUCCAACCGCAGCGGCAUGCUUUGGUGGUAAACCUCGGUGAACUUCUCCAGUGGUGGACUGGUGGAAAGUGGUUGGCUACCCCUCAUCGUGUCCUUGCCAGGCCAGACAGUGCCGGCGAACGCCUGUCGUGUCCGUACUUUGGCUUGGUAAACCGAGAGACCCUUCUUCAGCCUUUGCUUGCCGAGAGUGGCAAUCACGAAGGCAUCACAGCCGGCGAGUUCCUCCAAAACCAUGAGAGGUACUCUGAUCCGCCAAAGACUCGCGGGCAAGAUACUAGCUUGAAAAGAUAA